AUGUGCCGAAUUAUUUGUUGUGUUUUUUUAUGGGCGACUUUCUCUCUCCUACUUUGUGUUCUUUUUCGGGGGAUUUUUUAUACCAUAAGUGAAAUCGUUCUGCAGGUGGCUGCCGGUAUUACUUUAUUGUGCAGAGGGAACCACACACUCUUUCGCGAUGUCUGUCUGUAUUCCUGGGGUGUGCCAGACAAAACAUGUGUAGCGGAUGUCACAGCAAACCUGUUUGUUUAUCCUCUAGAGAAUGGGAGUCAUGUGGCAUACGAAGAGCAUGUAUUUCUUUCUUUGGCGUUGGAUGACAUCAUGUGCUUUUUGCGGCUUCACUUGUUUGCGGAGCAUAUGGUGUACGACCUGACACAGGUGCCUCUGCCAGAGAAGAAAAAUAAGGGUAUCUUUACCUCUACGGGUGCCACUGCACCUGACGGGGGGGAGGGGGAGGGUCAUCACUCAACGACGUCGCCGCCACGACAUCAGCUUCACUCAUCAAUGUGA